AUGUCAUCGAAUAUUGGUGUGACAACAAAAACAACCGGCAGUGCGAGCACGGUCGCCCAGGAAGAUAUUCCCAGAGACGUCCGUCUCUUACAUCUACUGUUAGCAUCUCAAUCAAUACAUAGAUAUGAAGACCAAGUACCUCUACAAUUAAUGGAUUUCGCAUAUAGAUACACUCAAUCGGUGUUAAAGGAUGCCAUUGUGUAUAAUGACUAUGCAAUUGAGAAUUCAGCUGUAUCUGGAAAUGCUGGUGCCAACUCUUCCUCUGGUGCAGGUUCAGGGUCUGGUGCAGGUGCAGGUUCUGGCAGUGGGAACGCUGGUGGUAACGCUGGUGGGUCUGGCUCUACUGGCGCAGGUGGCUCGAGUUCAAAUGCUGGAAAUAGCCAAAGACUAACGGUAGAGGAUAUACGGCUGGCAAUCGCUGCGAGAACACAAUACCAGUUCAAACCAACUGCUCCAAAGGAACUGUUGCUUCAAUUAGCAUCAGAGAGGAAUAAGAAACCGUUGCCUCAAGUAAUGGGCUCUUGGGGGAUAAGAUUACCACCUGAGAAAUAUUGUCUCACAGCAAAAGAAUGGGACCUUGAUGAAGAAAAACCACAAGAUUAG